GUCGACCGGAAAAUUUGAAUUAGAAAUGGCACUAUGAAUGUAGGUCACAGAACGACCCUUUCUCCUUUUACCGCCUACUCUUUCUUCUGGCAAUGUGGGGUUCUUGAACACGCACGAACACACACACACACACACUGGCUUUCAGUUUACACUCAAGCGCGCUCACCGUUUUGCACAGUCACAUAUAGGGAGGACCAGCGGUGUAUGCUAGAUAGGCGAUGGUUUCUGAUUGAUGUAGCUACGUGCGAAUCACAGAGCGCAAAUUGGUGGCCGCUUAAUGUAACAGCCAUUCGAGUGCGUGAGCUGGGCGGGGACGCGCGUAGGGCACUUUAAGGAUGGAAAGAAGCAGGGCAACAUCCUAGGCCAGGUAUCGCUGCAAAUUCAGUUUAAUUUCGAAAUAGCAAUUAGGAAAAGAUGUCUCCUCUUGUUUAAAUUACACACUGCGAGGAAGGGAAAGAUGCGGGCGGGGACACAAUGAGGUGUUUUUAACGCUCCCGCUGCAGGAUUAGCAGCUAUUUACUCCCCCGCCGUGGCAGCCGCGGCUUUGUAUCGCUGGCGCGCUGCUCGCCAGCACAUCCCACGGCAGGUGUAGUCUGAUCGCGCCUCUUCCGGAUGAUCCAGGUCGCCCUUAUGGAUGGCGUCCAUGGAUGCCUUCGGAUCGCCCUUUGAGUCCACUCGGAGUCCCAAAGGAUGCUGUGCUGCUCACACGCUCGAUCCCGUCCCGGAGAGUGCCGGCUGGCCGGCGGUUAUCUCAACCCCUGAAAAUGGCACUGCAGCAGCACCGACCAGAACCGGUCCCGCCGUGGCCGGCCUCUGGACAGCCGUCUUUGACUAUGACGCGGGCGCGGAGGAUGAGCUCAGCCUGCGGAAAGGAGACCUGGUAGAGGUCCUGUCGAAGGACUCGCUUGUCUCCGGAGAUGAGGGCUGGUGGACAGGCAUGAUUGAGGACCGUGUCGGUGUUUUCCCUUGUAAUUAUGUGAGCAGCAGCAAUGGCAUCUCAGAGAAACUCCGGGACGCGACUUCUGAGGAUUACUCCCAAUGCCCUGUGCCACCACUUCACGUGCUGGAGAUUGAGUUCUCGGAGCUCACGCUUGAGGAGAUCAUCGGUGUUGGUGGCUUCGGCAAGGUCUACCGGGCUGUGUGGCGCGGCAUGGAGGUGGCGGUCAAGGCGGCCCGCCGCGACCCAGACGAGGACGCGGCCCAGACACUGGACAGUGUGCGACAGGAGGCCAAGCUCUUCGCCAUGCUGCGCCACCCCAACAUCAUGGCGCUGCUGGGCGCGUGCCUCAUGGAGCCGCACCUGUGUCUGGUGAUGGAGUUCGCCCGCGGCGGACCACUCAACCGCGCGCUGGCCGGCAAGCGCAUCCCACCGCACACGCUGGUGGACUGGGCGGUGCAGGUGGCGCGCGCCAUGUUCUACCUGCACUGCCAGGCUAUCGUGCCCAUCAUACACCGAGACCUUAAGUCCAGCAACAUUCUGAUUCUGGAGAAGGUGGAGAACGAGGACCUGAGCAACAAGACGCUGAAGAUCACCGACUUCGGCCUGGCACGCGAGUGGCACCGUACCACCAAAAUGAGCGCAGCGGGCACCUACGCCUGGAUGGCCCCCGAGGUCAUCCGCUCGUCCACGUUCUCCAAAGGCAGCGAUGUCUGGAGUUAUGGUGUGUUGCUAUGGGAACUGUUGACUGGCGAGGUGCCGUUCCGAGGCAUCGAUGGUUUAGCCGUGGCAUACGGUGUGGCCAUGAACAAGCUGGCUCUGCCAAUCCCUUCCACCUGUCCCGAGCCCUUCGCCCGCCUCUUAGAGGAUUGCUGGAACCCUGACCCCCACGCCCGGCCAACCUUUACCACCAUCCUGGACCAGCUGACGGCCAUCGGGGAGUCGGGCUUCUUUGAGAUGCCAGCCGACUCCUUCCACUCGCUGCAGGACGACUGGAAGCUGGAGAUCCAAGAGAUGUUUGAUCAGCUUAGAGCCAAAGAGAAGGAGCUGCGCUCAUGGGAGGAGGAACUGAGCCGGGCCGCGCUGCAGCAGAAGUGCCAGGAGGAGGCGCUGAGGAGGCGCGAGCAGGAGCUGGCCGAGCGCGAGAUCCACAUCCUGGAGCGUGAGCUCAACGUCAUCAUCAGCCAGCUGUACCAGGAGCGCCCACGCGUCGAGCAGCGUCAGGGAAAGUUCCGCCGUAGCCGCCUCAAGCUGCGCGACGGCAACCGCAUCAGCCUGCCCUCAGAUUUCCAGCAUAAGAUCACAGUCCAGGCAUCACCCACUCUGGACCGGAGGCGAAGCAUUUUGGGGAGCAACUCCACCCCCCCAACCAGCCCCCCCAUCCUUCCUCGCCUUCGAGCCAUACAAUUGACCCCAGGUGACAGCGGUAAGGUGUGGGGGCGUAACGCAGCGUUCCAGCAGGAUGACGAAGAGGAGCGUAAGAGCUCGCGUAAGAAGGGGCGCACACGUGGAGCCGGACCCCAGCGGGAGCACAGCGCUGACGAGAGUACAAAGACCCCUAAAGAGGUGGGUGGGAGCAGACAGAGGUCCUGCAGUGCCCCAAAUCUGCGCCGUUCCCCUCGACACAGCCCAGCGGUGCCCGGCGUCCCCAGCCUGGCCGAGACAGAAAACGAAGACUGCUGCUUCCUGUCGGACUCUCCGGAGGGUUGUGCCUCUCCCGGCCAAUCCUACCUCUGCAUCCCCUUCCACCGGGACGGCCCCACCCUCGCCGAGGGCAGCUACGUGAUGGGACCUGGUGCCGUGUCCAGAGCGGAGGUGGGCGUGUGCAGCCCUGCGCGAGAGGCCGCGGUCAGCUCGGUGGCUAGCGUCUGCUCGGGCUUGUCGGGCCGCCACCACAGCCCCGGCGUGGGCCGGCGCUCGGACCUCAUGUUGCUGGGCUGCGGCGCCAUCCUGGCGGCGGUGGGUCUCGGCUUCAACCUGCUGGACCUCUGCUCCACGCCCAGUGCCGGCGUCUCGCACACCCCAGGGGAGAGCAGCGGCAGCGGGGGGGCCAAGACUCGCUGGGAGGGUCUGUUCCACCGCGGAGGUGGAGGAGGCAACAGACGGAGCACCAGCCCCCCGACGCGCAAGCUCUUCAAGCGGGAGAGCCCCCUGCGCGCCGCCCCCCCUCCUCCACCUCCACCUCCACCUCCUCCCCCUGCGGCCAUCGCUCCAUCCUUUACGCUGCUCUCCCUGUCGUCCGUGUCGGACUGCAACUCCACGCGCUCCCUCCUGCGCUCUGACAGCGAGGAGCUGCUGGUGUAUCGGCCGGCCACGCCACCUCCUCCCCCCUGCCCUGCGCCCGUGCCCACGCUGCCACUCCUGCCCCCACCCGCCCUCAGCAGCCCCCCGCCACUCAACCCUCUGGUCAACACGCACCUGGAGAGCUUCAAGAAGAACCCGCGCCAGUCGCUGACGCCUACGCACGUGCCCGUCAGCGUGCACGCCACCCGUGGCCUCCACCGCACCCCCUCCGAUGGCGCCAUCAAGAAGAGGUGCCCCCCAUCCUCCUCCUCCAACCACAACAAUGGGCACCACCCACCACAGAUGAAGGCUGACAACGCAGUGUCCGGAAGCCAGUGGUGUAUGAGAGAGGACAUCUCAGAUUUGCCACGGUUACCUGACCCAAAUUUGGUCUUCCCUCCCACUCCUCGUCGCCGUUGCCAACCAGAGCGUCCCAAAACGCUGGACUUCCUAGUAAGGCCUCGCCCAUCUCCACGGAUCCGCAGCGAGGCGCCGUGGGGCGACUCCCCCAGCCACACUUCCAGCACUGAGACUCCGCCCACUGUGGAGUUUGGAGGCAGCGCCGCCGUUCCUCCAACCCCUUGCUCUCCCUGGGUGAAUGACAGCCUGCUGGACCAACGAGACGAGGGCCAGUGCAGGGAUGGAACCCUCCCACUCUGUAGGCCCGAAUCCUCAUUGGCCAGAGACUCUCCCUACCGUGUACGACCAGGCUUCUGGUCAUAACUGUUAUCAUUAGUAAACCUAUAAGUACUGUUUAAGAAUUCCUAUGUAUCACAGAGCACGUCUAGACCUUUCUACUCCAGAGAGGAGGAGCAGAGAGAGAGAGAGAGACAGUGACAGGAAAGGAGAAAAACCACCACUUGAAUGCUACCCUCCACUGAAAGUAUUUCUAUAUGCCUUUGAAUUGGUUGGGACUAGCUGAACAGGGAGUAGUAGUUGCUUUGUUUUGGCUCAUUACAGGCCACCGUAAGGUUAGUUAGCAUAGUAGACUUGUCCUAAGUUCGCCCUGUUAUGUAGUCUGCACACUGUACCGUCGGUUCAAAUUAGCAGCACCACCUCAGUGAGGUCUGACGUAAUGCCUCUGUACAGGUGCCGUAUGGAAUCUGCUUUUUUUGGUCAACAAAAAACAUGUAAAUAUGAAGACAGUUUAUUGAAAGACAGUUGUUUCCAAAUACCUUCUGUGCAUUCAGUGCAUAUUGUAUGUAUUCUUGAGUUUUGUCUUGCAUUUGUUGGAAUUGUCCUGUCCCCUGAAACAAUAUAUAAGCUAAAGGAUAACUUGGAAAACGUCAGAAACAAUGAAUGAUCACACGUCGGAAUUUGAAUGCACAUGAAUAUUUGGAAUAAUUUUUGAUUGAUUGUCCUUGAAUAUCAUUAUGAUAGGUCUAGAAACAUUUUUAUUUUGGACAACGUAAGCUACCUAUUGCACCUCUAAGGCUGUGUGGGGGACAGAAUUAUGCAACACAGGUGGACACUCUUACUCAGUUUUCACUUUGUGUGCCUGUGUGACUGAUUGAUUGAUUGGUUGUGUGAUUGAUUGAUUGAUUGAUUGGUUGGUUGUGUGAUUGAUUGAUUCAUUCAUUCAUUUCUUGUAUGAUUGAGUCAAGGUAGUUUCAAGUAGACAUCACUUGCACUUGUCAAUCGAACACACAAAAACAUGCACACCCAGUCGCCCAAGGGUAAGAUUGCCCACCCUCGCCCUGUAACAAAGUUGCGCGGUAAAUCGCAAAGCAUGAUCUAUUUUAGCAUUUGGCUGUGUUAAUAAUGCCAGAUCCUGUACCUCACGUCUGGUUAAGUAUGAAGUGUUAUGUGCUAUUUAUGCCAAGUCCUGACACAGUGCUGGUAUUACGUCACGCCUCAGUGAGCCAAGGCUUGCGUUUCUAUCUGCACUGUAUGCACAGCUGCACUGCUAGGGAUCGUUUCAGUGGUCCCAAAGGCUGUCCCUGAUUGGCUGCCAGCACGCAGAGAAAGUGAUGUCACUUUUGCUUUACAUGUUUACUUCAUGAUUGUGCAUCUUUUUUUUACUCAGACUAGAAAGGAAAAAAGUGCAUUUCUUUGUCAGCAUCAUGAAUGUAAUGAUUUUUUUUACAAACAAGACAAGUUCCGUUUUGUUAAAGCAUCUUGAUUCUCUGUUUUCUGAAGGCCCAGCUGUGGCCCUGUGCUGAAUGUCGUCACACCUUGUUUUGUUCACUUUUUGUCAAAUGCACUCCAGUUCACCUCUGUGUGCCCUGUUCCCAAUCUGUCUAUCUAACACAGACACAAACACACACACAUACACACACACACAGACACACACACACACACACAUACACACACACACACACACACACAUGGCAACACAUACAGCGAUCCUUAACGUAAGGAAACAGAUGUGUCUAGCUGACACAGAGAUCCAACGUGAGAAGUCCUGGAGCCCCCGGCAGAGUUGGGAGGCUGUCUGAAAUGCCGGCUCGUCUGUCAGACACUCCGUCUGACAGAACACACUCCCACCAGGCCCCCCCCCGUGAGCGCUCAGCUGCAGCGCAACGGCUGAAACACACACACACACACACACACACACACACACACACACACACCUGCACACUCACACACAGCACACCAGACAACAAGGGGAAAAAAACUCCCAACGACUCUUGAAAAGACGUCCAACACGCUGCUACACAAGGCAGGCUGGAGAUGGACCGUUUGGACAAACUGUGUGUGUAAGAAUGUGUGUGAGCUCCCAGGACACAUGCAGUGUAGCAACAGACAAGUAGGAGACCAAACAGCCCAGGAGGCAUCAGACUUUUAGUGUUUGUGAACAUAUUUAUGUAUGUAUGUAUGUAUGUAUGCAUUUAUUUAUUGAAUUCAUUAUUUAUUCUUUCACUAUGUUUUUAUCAAUUUUAUUUUUUUAUAUUUAUUUUUAUUCUUGCCUUUACUGAUUUUUUUUUAAAGCCUCAAAGCUGACAUAAAGACGUUUACACUUUAUUUGCAUUGGUAAUGGACUGCAGACAUAGGUAACAUUAUUUUGUUUCUCUGUGUGACUAAUUGGGAAGAAGGUUUCGUCUGAAAAAAUGGACAUGCCCCCAGAGACAUGCAAGACAAGGACAGAACACAGACACGCCAUUCCUUUUGUACAGCGUGAUGGAUGAACAGGUUUUUUAAGUGAUUCCCGGGGAGGACUUUGAAGGAUCACGCAAAUUGCUUCUCCCUUUCCCGAAUGAACGCAAAUCUAGAUAAUGUGAAUUCAAUCAUGUGAACCUUUGAGAUCUGGGUGGGUGCGAGCAAGCAAGCCUGAUGCCACAUUAGAGAGAUUGUGCACUGAUUGAUCAGUGAUUUGACUUUGGUUUCAUUGAUUUGACCUUGUGAUGGAGAUCUGACCUUGUGAUGGGGGUCAUGCAGGGGCCAGUGGGGUGAGGCGGAGGACUGUGUUUGUGGGUGGGACUGACAUGCUGUAUUAGGACCUGUGUUUGCACCGGAGCACAUA